AUGAUUGCGUCCAGCCUGCUGCGCCCGCUCGCCUCCGAGCUGUGCCAUUCCUCCUCUCCGUUCCUCCUCACGCGACAGACCCUCAAGCCGCUGUUCAAACCUCGCCACCGAUGCUACGACGCCGUCGGUGCCCGAGGACGGAGCACGAGCGAGGCCCGUGACGCAACGUCGCCCCGUCAGCUUCGUCCCGCGUCCGCCAAAGCCUCGCCGUCGUCGGUCAUCGGGCACCUGUACUCUACCGCCUCCGUCCCGCCCACGACGCCGUUUGCCAAGCUCACCGUCGGCGUGCCCAAGGAGACGUAUCCCGGCGAACGCCGAGUGGCCUUGACGCCCGCCAACGUCGCGCUGCUGGUGAAGAAGGGCUUCGACGCCGUCCUCGUCCAGCGCGGUGCCGGCACGGCGGCCGAAUUUCACGAUGGCGCCUACGAAAAGGCGGGUGCCACGCUCGUCGACGACGCCGCCGCCGUGUGGUCCGCAGCCGACCUCGUCCUCAAGGUUCGCGGCCCGUCCCUCGACGAGGUCGACUCCAUCGAGCCGAAGCAGACCAUCAUCUCCCUGCUCCAGCCUACGCAGAACGAGCAUCUCGUCCGGAGAAUUGCCGAGCGAGGCGCCACCUGCUUCGCCAUGGACAUGAUUCCUCGCAUCUCCCGCGCCCAGGUCUUCGACGCCCUCAGCAGCAUGGCCAACAUCGCCGGCUACAAGGCCGUUCUCGAGGCCUCCAACGUCUUUGGCAGGUUCCUUACCGGCCAGGUGACGGCUGCCGGCAAGAUCCCGCCUUGCAAGGUCCUCAUCAUCGGCGCCGGCGUUGCCGGCUUGAGCGCAAUCGCCACCGCUCGCCGCAUGGGCGCCAUCGUUCGCGGCUUCGACACGAGACCCGUCGCCAGGGAGCAGGUCCAGUCCCUCGGCGCCGAGUUCAUCGAGGUCGACAUCGAAGAGGACGGUUCCGGCGCCGGGGGAUACGCCAAGGAGAUGAGCAAGGAGUUCAUCAAAGCCGAGAUGAAGCUGUUCAAGGACCAGGCCAAGGAGGUCGACAUCAUCAUCACCACCGCCCUCAUCCCCGGCAAGCCCGCCCCCAAGCUGAUCAAGAUGGACAUGCUCGACGUCAUGAAGCCCGGCAGCGUCGUCGUCGAUCUGGCCGCCGAAGCCGGCGGAAACUGCGAGGCAACCAAACCCGGCGAGCUGACCGUGUACAACGACGUAAAAGUCAUCGGCUAUACCGAUCUGCCGUCGCGACUCCCGACGCAGUCUUCGACUCUCUACUCGAACAACAUCACCAAGUUUCUGCUCUCCCUGACCCCGAGGGAAAAGGAGUUUGGCAUCGAUCUCUCCGACGAGGUCGUCCGCGGCUCCAUCGUGACCCAAAACGGCGCCAUCCUCCCGCCCUCCCCCCGUCCGGUGCCCCCUCCCGCACCGGCGAAGCCGGCUGCCGCCGAGGUCGUUGUCGAGACAAAGGCGCUCACUCCGUGGCAGGCCAAGACCCGCGAGGUGGCUGCCGUCACCACCGGCAUGGGCAGCAUGCUGGCUCUCGGAAAGUUCACGAGCCCGCUCUUCAUGUCCAACACUUUCACCUUUGCUCUGGCCAGCUUGAUCGGAUACCGUGUCGUGUGGGGAGUCGCCCCGGCUCUGCACUCGCCUCUGAUGAGCGUCACGAACGCCAUAUCCGGCAUGGUCGGCAUAGGCGGUCUUUUCAUUCUCGGCGGCGGCAUCUUGCCCGAGACGAUCCCCCAGGCCUUUGGAGCUUUGAGCGUGCUGCUAGCCUUUGUCAACGUCGGCGGCGGGUUUGUCAUAACGAAGAGAAUGCUGGACAUGUUCAAGCGCCCGACCGACCCUCCCGAGUACCCCUGGCUGUACGGUAUUCCUGCCGUCCUGUUUGGGGGUGGAUUCAUCGCCGCAGCCUCGACCGGCGCCGCCGGCCUCGUCCAGGCUGGGUAUCUCGCAAGCUCCGUGCUUUGCAUCGGCUCCAUCUCCGGUCUUGCAUCCCAGACUACCGCCCGCAUGGGGAACAUGCUAGGCAUCCUCGGAGUCGGCUCUGGUGUUCUGGCGAGCCUCGUCGCCGCCGGCUUCUCCCCCGAAGUCCUUACCCAGUUUGGAUGUCUUGCGACCAUUGGUACCCUUGCAGGUUUCCUCAUCGGUAAGCGUAUCACGCCAACAGAUCUCCCGCAAACCGUGGCCGCCCUUCACUCGGUCGUCGGCCUCGCCGCAGUCUUGACGAGCAUCGGCAGUGUCAUGGCCGAUAUUACCGAUGUGUCGACCUUGCACAUGGUCACGGCCUAUCUCGGAGUUCUCAUCGGUGGCAUCACCUUUACCGGCUCCGUCGUUGCUUUCCUCAAGCUCGCCGGCCGCAUGUCGUCUCGGCCGACGAUCCUCCCGGGCCGCCACCUCAUCAACUCGGGUCUCGUCGCCGCCAACGCCGCGACCUUUGGAACUUUCCUCGCCAUGGCCCCUGGCAGCCCCAUGAUCGCCGCCGGCGCGUUGGCGGCAAACACGGCGCUGAGCUUCAUCAAGGGUUACACGACCACGGCCGCCAUCGGCGGCGCCGACAUGCCCGUCGUCAUUACCGUUCUCAACGCCUACAGCGGCUUUGCCCUCGUGGCCGAAGGCUUCAUGCUGAACAACCCGCUGCUCACGUCGGUGGGCGCUCUCAUAGGCACCUCCGGUUCCAUCCUGUCGUACAUCAUGUGCGUUGCCAUGAAUCGGUCUCUGACAAACGUCUUGUUCGGCGGAUUGUCGACGCCCACGGCGGUGCAGGAAUACAAGCCACAAGGGCAGGUCACCCAGACGACAGUCGACGACCUCGCCGAUGCCAUGCUCGGCUCCGAAUCCGUCAUCUUAGUCGUGGGGUACGGCAUGGCAGUGGCAAAAGCGCAGUACGCCAUCUCGGACAUUGUGAACCUUUUGAGGUCCAAGGGCAUUCGCGUGCGCUUCGCCAUCCACCCCGUUGCCGGCCGCAUGCCGGGCCAAUGCAACGUGCUGCUUGCGGAAGCCAGCGUGCCGUACGACAUAGUUUUGGAAAUGGACGAGAUCAACGACGACUUCCCCGACACGGAUCUGACGGUAGUCAUUGGCGCAAACGAUACGGUGAACCCGAUUGCGCUUGAAAAGGGCAGCGCCAUCGAGGGCAUGCCGGUGCUGCACGCGUGGAAGAGCAAGCAGGUUGUCAUCAUGAAGAGAGGCAUGGCUAGCGGCUACGCGGAUGUGCCGAACCCCAUGUUCUACAUGCCCAACGCCAGGAUGCUGUUUGGAGAUGCACGGACGAGUUGCGAAGCCAUCAAAAGUGCGGUAGAAGCGAAAUUGCAAUAG